GCAAAAAGGAAAAUUUAUUUUUCACUAAGAAGCUUUCUUAGCAGACAAAUCCCUCAAUGAGGAAAUUUGCAAAGAAUGUGUUAAAAGAAACCUAUUUUAUGAGCAGAUCUUGGUGGGCUGGUCACAGUUUGAGCUGAUUAUCAGACCAAGAUCUCCCAAAUGAAUGAAAUCACUUUGAAGGCUUUUUCCCCCCAGAAUUUGUAAUUUCCUGAGUGGGGAUCCAGCUACCCAAGAAAUCAAUGGGGAGGUGAUUUGCCUUAGAAACUCAAUAAGGUAUUUAAAAUUCCCAUCUCAUAAUCUAGCACUUUACUAUGGGGUAUUCUGGUUGAAAUGUUUAACAAUCUCUAGGAAAAAAAUGCAGGGAGGGCAAUAUUUUCAUUUUAAUCUGCAUUAUUAAUACAUUUCUCUCCAUUUUUUUUUUUUUUUUACAUCCGGAACAAUCGCCAAAACAAUAAAUCAAGUCCUAAGUGCCCAUUCAAACACUAGGUCUAAAUUCUCACAUUGAAAAUUUAACAACUGGCUCUCCCUAGCAAGGGGGACACACUACUGAAUCAGGGAGGGUUUUCCAUUUUAUAUAUUAAAGAGUGCCACGGAGGUACUGUCUGGCAGUAAGCCUUCACGGGUUAAUUUUGAAGUCAAGAAUGAGAGAAAAUGACAAACAUCAGGGAGCUAGCGUGGCCCGGAAGUGCCUGUGGUUCCCUCGCUUCAGCUCCGCUGAGCCUGCUCCGGGAGUUCCGCUUGGGAGUUUCUCGGUUCUUGACCGCGAGUGCUUCCAGCAGUCGUUUCUUCCUUCAUCUUUCAAGGUUGCUGGGGCCUGCCUGAGGCGCCUUAGGAAUUUCCUGAAAAAUCAAAAACCCCAGCUGGAGUGAGCCCCCUAAUGAACUAUUCCAGUUCAGAAUGGCAACAUCAUGGGGUGCUGCAACCUUGAACAAUCAAACUCCUAAAAAACAGUUGGAGUUUCUGGCAGUGAAGAUAGAAGAAGAGGAGGAACACAAUUAUAUUUGGAAACCUAAUCUGCACAGAAGCAAUUCCUCUAACUGGGAGAUGUCUAGGCAUCGAUUCAGGAAUUUUUGCUACCAAGAUACUCCUGGGCCGCGGGAGGCCCUGAGUCAGCUCAGGGAGCUUUGCUGUCUGUGGCUGAGGCCAGAAAGUUGUACAAAAGAACAGAUCCUGGAAAUGCUAGUGCUGGAACAAUUCCUGAGUAUCCUACCUGAGGAGCUCCAGUCUUGGGUCCUGAACCAUCAUCCAGAGACUGGAGAGGAGGCAGUCAGCCUGUUGGAAGAUUUGGAAAAAGAGUUUGAUGAAUCAGGACAGCAGGUCCCAGCCAGUAUACAGGGAAAGGAAAGGCUCUGGAACAAGAUGACUCCUCUGAGCUCAGCCCAGGAAUCUCAGUGGAGUAUACAGCUCCAGCCUGUGGAGACCAAAUUUAAGUGUGAAUCUCAGGAACUCCACUCCCUCCAAGAGAGAGCCCUCCAAGUUUCUGCCUGCUUCCCGAAAGAGAGCUAUAAAGACCCAGAAACAGCCGUUGUGCUUCCUACUCCAAGGGUUCAGGGGUUGCUGAAGAUGGAGGAUAAAGUUUUGUCUCUAAGCUCGGAUGAAUGGGGGCAUCUGGAGCCAACUGAAAUGACCCUCUACAGAAGUAACAGUCAGGAGAAUUAUGGGGACAUGAUUUCCUUGGCAUCAAGAUUUUCAUUUUCCAAAACUGCUAUUAUCUCCCAGCUGAAGGAAGUGAAAGAACCACUGUCUCUGGAUCCACAAGGUACUGAAAAAAAAAAAAAAAAAAAAGAGAUCCUAAGAGGCAUCUGUACAGUUUUUUUUCAGAUAUUAGAUCUGGAAAAGGUUACAUCAACAAAAUGGCAUCAUUCAUUCCAGCUAUCUGCUUUGGAACAUACAAUUCACCUGCAACACCUAGAGGAAUUAUAUGGUUUUUAUAAAACAUUGCUCUCUCCUACUCCUUUUCAUCUUUAUGUUCUAUUCUCCUUUCUUAUACUUAUGCUUUUGAAGUUACCACUCCCUUCUAUCCACCACAGGCAAUCAUCCUGGUGUAAGAUAUGGCCUUUUGAAAAAUCAGUAUUUGUAUUUAAUCUCGAAAAAUUAUAGGUUCUGCUUAAACUCAGUGGCAUCGCUCAAUUGUCUCUCCUGAGAUUCAUCUUGAAUGACACAAUUGUCUUCACAGGACUAUAGUUUCUUUAUUAAUAAAAGUGACUUCUAAUGUUUCUUCUUGCUGUGACAAUUUAGAGCUUGUGUGUGUGUGUGUAAGUAGUCUAAAUACAUUGUUAAUAUCAAAAGUGAAAAAAAUGCCUUAGCUCUGGCAACCACAUGUUAGUAACUUCCCUAAAUAUUUUCUUUUGUUCUGAUAACUUCAUCAAUUCUAUUGUAAUAUAACAAUAUUUCCCCAGAAUAAUAUAAAACUUCAGAAAUAUUUAGUCUGAUUUUAACAAUCCCUAGCUAGAAGGAUCCUCAGAUAUUAUUUAGUUUAAAAUUUUUUUUAAUUUUGCAAAUAUAAUAUAUCCUCAUCUAAAUACUUAUGGGCUGUGUUAGAACUUUAGAUAACAUCAAAAUAUUUACAUGAUGAAAUAAAUAGAUGAGAAUAUCAAGGAAUGUUGGAGAAAAGAUGGAGAAUUUACUAUAUCUGAUGUUUGUAUAUUCUGUACAUCCAUUAUCUUUAAGACUCUUUUGUACUAAACAAAAAGUACAUUACAGAAUAAUAGAUCAGUAAAAGAGAAGAAGAACCCCCAAAACAGAACCAAAUAACAUAAAAUAAUGGUAUUUUAUAAGCUAAUAAAUAAUAAAUAUGCUGAAUAAGAAAUUUGAAAUUCUUAUGUAAAACUUAAGUAAGUUCAUUCCAGCCUGUAUGAGAACAUGACCGUUCCCUGACCCUAGCCCAUGAGUGUGCGAUGUUCUAAUGAACUUAGUUCUUAAAACAUACCAUCUGUGCUUUGGUCACUUUCCUAAGAGUUCAAGGAACUAGCCACUCCUUGGAGCACGUGCAGCUCAGUGAGGGUUGGCUCCCCUCCUGAUGUCAGUUAUUGGUAAUCUUAAAGCCUUCUCCCACUAUAAAGUUCAGCCACUCCUGAGCCUCUUCAGAAUCUCACCCAUGGAGAUGACAAUCUGCCUGGGACCUUCCCAUUCGAGACUCAGAGGCUGCUGAACUGGGAUUCCCCAGCUGAGACAAUUUAGAGUGGAUAGCUCCUACAAAUUGGUGAUAUUUCUUUAUCUUUCUCUGCUGCUUUAAUUCUUAUCCUUAUUAUUCUCUGUUUGCUUUGUAUUAUUUGCUUAUUGGAUGUUAUUGUAAGCAAUCUAUCUCAUGUAUUGUAUAAUUAAAA